AUGAAACACCAACAUCCUCCACCACCAGCUUUGUGCAUGUGCUGUGAGAAGAAAGGAGGCCUGGCCGGCAUCUUCAAAAGAUCCGCCAGCAUUGACAACCUGUUUGACGAGGAGAAAGGCGGGCUGUUCAGUGGACUUCUUAAGAAAACACCCAAAGCGUCCGGAGACGAUGCAGAGGACAGAGAGGACCAAAAGGAGCUUUCUGCAAGUAAUGACAGCCUGUUUGAAAACGCCAAGGAGAAAAGUAUUUUCAGUGGCAUGUUUAAAAAGACUCCUAAACCAGCAGAGGGGGCUACAACAGACGAGGAAUUAAGCGAGGAUAAGAAGUCUGAGAAGACUGGAGGACUGGCAGGGAUCUUCAAGAAGUCUCCAAAACCAGCUCCGCGCUCGAUCGCUGCUAAGGAUCCUCUCAGAGACACAAACGAGCUUUACGGCAGCUGCGACAGCCUCGCAGAUACUGCCGAGGAUAAUCUCGGUGAAUUGUCGAACAGUAACGAUAACCUUUCUGAAACGAGCGCGACAAAGGAGAAAAAAGGAGGCUUUGCUGGAAUAUUCAGGAGGACGCCCAAAACAGUUGAACAUCAGGAAAGUGAGGACAUGGAGGCGCCAGCAGGAGGCGGCGGGCUGAGACGCAGGAGAACCAUCAAGAAGAAGAAACGAGUUGUGUCGUUCCGAGUCAAAACAACUCUUCCAAAAAUACCAAAGUUUAAGAGUUCAGACAAGAUGUCUGGUAUUGAGGAGGUUGUUGAGCUGCAGGAGCUGAACCCAGCACAUGACAGCACAGUGGAGGUCCAGUCUGUGGAGAUGGCAGCUUAUCCUACUGAAGGCAGUGGUCUCGCAUCUGAGCCGGAAAGUGAUGAGUUGAUGGAAUGGUGGAACACAGUGAAAGGUUGGGCAGAGUGGAACGAGGCAUCUAACCUCGAGGACGAUGAGGAAAUGGUGAUGGAGCAGGCAGCUGAUCGUGUCUACAUGGCAGCUCGUCUGUUUGUGCGUCUUUUCAACCAGCGGGGGGCCGCCUUACAGCAUCGCAUCCUGGAGCUUCUGGCUCUGGCGGACGCUGCGGAUCUAUUCCACAAAAAAACGGUGCAGGCUGCUGUGGGUGGAGGCGUGGCCAGUGUGGCAGGCAGCAUUGCAACAAUCACAGGGCUCAUUCUGGCGCCUUUCACUCUGGGUGCCUCUAUUAUUGUCACGGCGGUGGGGAUCGGUGUGGCGACGGCGGGCAGCAUCACCUCAGCAACGGCUAACAUCACAGACACGGUUCACUCCAACAUGGACCGGAAGAAGCUGGAGAAGAUGAUCCAGGGCUACCAGGAGGAGAUCAAAGACAUCAGGGAGUGUAUGGAGUUCGUGCAGGCAGGUAUGGCCACUCUGGAGGAGUGGGACUUUGAGAAAUACUCAGAGAGCGCUGCGAAGAAGGCUAUGAACCACAACCUCAAGCAUGUGAUGAAGGAGGGCGGCCGCGCCGGAAAAGCCCUGAUGAUCAACACCGAUAAGCUCAUCAGCACCGUGCAGAUUUUAGGUGCUGCAGGCGGCGCCGCCAAAGCUGUCCAGGCCAUCAGUGUCACCACAGGGGUCAUGUCGGCGCUCUUCCUCGCUCUGGAUGUUUUCUUCCUCGCCAAAGACUCCCACGAGCUCCGCAAGGGCGCCAAAACUAAGUUCGCCACCAAGAUCAGGGACGUAUGUAAAGAACUUCAAGACGGCCUCCUGGAGCUGAACAAGGUGAAGACUCAGCUGCAGAAGACCAUGGACGGCAUCGAGGUGGAGGAGUACGAGGAGAUUGUGGAGGUUGAGGAGGAAGUUGAAGACGAUUUUGAGUCUGAUCCGAAGAAGCUGGCUGAGCUGGAGCAGGAGCUGGACCUUCUGGAGGAGAAACUUGACAAGAAGGCCGAGGAGGAGCAGCAGAAGAAGAUUAAAGAGCUUGAGGAGGAGCAGCAGAAGAAGAUUAAAGAGCUUGAGAAGGAAAAUCAAAAAAAAAACAAGGAGAAGAUUGUGAAGGACAAAGAGGAGAGGGAGGAGGAAAUGGAGAAAAAGGAUGCGAAUACAGAGGAAAUGAAGCAAAGCAGGAAGGGGAAAGGUGAGGGAGAAGGCAAGAUUGAGACAAAGCUAGAGAAGAUUUCUGAUGAGGAAAAAGAGCAGAAGAAUGAGGAGGUCAAAGCUGCCAGAGAGGAAGUUUUAAAAGAACAAUCUCAGCGAGGAAAGAAAGACAAAGAAGCUGAGAACCGAAUUACAGCUGGUAAAGAAAAGCAUGAGAGCAAGCGAGAUCAGGCGAAAGAAGACAACGGUACAAAUAAAAAGACAGACGAGAAGGAGAAAAAUAAAGCUGGUAAAGAAGACGAGGAGAUGAAGAGCAGAUCAGGCGACUCAAAAGGAGACGACCGGAGCGGAAAAGCAAAAUAUUCUGAGAGGGUCAAGCCGGAGAGAGACAGUGAGAGGAGUAAGAGCAGCAGAGAGGAUGAAGGAGAGAUGAAGCAUGAAUGGAGAUCGUUGAAUAAAGGGCAAGAGGCGGAGAGUGGGAGUACGAGGAGGAACAGCGGCAGGAGCGACAAAGAUCGACCCCACAGGAGUGAACGAGGGAGCAAACACGAAACGAAAGACACCGAUAAAGACAGACAACAAAGCGAGAGGACGGAGAGCUGGAGGAGGACGGAGGACGAGAGAGGGGUGAGGGACUGGAGAGCUGAGAUGGCUAAAAGUAGACAAGGAAGAGAGACAGAGGGGGGGGCGAAAAGGGAAGAUCCAGGAAAAAGCGAUGUAAGGAAGGAGUCGCAUCGAAGUCACGAAGCGGCGACGAGGAGAGAGAGAGAGUGGGGGAGCAGCAGGGAGGAGUCUGACCCAAAGAGGAGUCACCACAGGAGGGACACGGCUCCGCAUGACGAGCACAGGGAGAGGGGAGAGGAGAAGAGAGGGAGCAGGAUCGAGAGCGCGAGGAGGAAGUUUGAGAGAGCAGGUGGGGAGGAGGGGGAGGGGAGGGGGAAGAGGAGGGAGGAGGGAGAGAGGAGAGGAAGUGAGAGAGACAGAGGGCAUGAACACGGCCACCGCGGAUCUCGACCUCGCUCAAAGGUGCUGCUGGAAGACGGUCUGAAUAUUUAGUUUUUAGGAUUUGUUCACAUUGGUCUAAAGUCUUGAAAUCUGGUACGGACAAGUGUCUAACGGUACAACGUUAAAAUGUUUAGAUCACAUGAAACGUCUGUAUUUAGUCUUAGAAUAAUAGUCUUAUAAUAUAGUGAAAUAUAUAGAAAAGAAGGACACAAACACUAAAUACAGAAUGAUUAGAAAAAUUCACUUUUCAGCCAAAAACUUCUUUUGUGUUGUGCUUCGAUGAGCACAAGGUGAUCGAACUGAAACCGCCAAGUCAGGUCGCUGCUUCAGGUAUCAAGAUUCAGGUUGGUAAGAUGUACUGAGAAGCGAAUGUAAAGUAGAAGAUGGGACAGACUAAACCACACUUUACUCCGUCUGAUCUGAGGAAGUCUGUCUUCAUACGUUGGAUUCCUCUCUCCAGUUUCAGAGAAGUCGUUUGUGUGGUAAAACCUGGCCCGUUUGUGGAAAGACCGCAUUCUCAUACAUGAGCGUCAGCAUCACCAGUAACUCUUAAUGUGUGGACGUGUGCCAAUGACUGCGGAUGUCAACGCAUGUGUCAUGGAAGACUUGAACAUUGUUUAAUCGUGAGCCAGUAGUUUGAACUCUUUCAGGUUCCCUGCGAAGUCCGUUCAUGAAACGUUUUCGGUUUAGCUUUACAGAAAGAAAUAAAGACCCUGUGCGUUCAAAUGUGAUUAUUAAAAGUCAUUUUCUGAUAUUGUGCUGAGGGCAAUAAGUUGCAUUAUCGACUUCUGUUUUUCUGGAUAUCACCACUACAAUUUGUCAAAGUCGGACAUCUUCAAAUCUUGUACAUACAGAAGGAGUUUUCACAUCCGUCUUCUUAUUUUACUGCUGAAAGCUGAAACUCUGCUUGUUUAUUAUUCAAAUACUUUUCGCCAUAGCAUCUAUAAAGACAUCUGUAAAUCAGAUUUCGCUGGAAUAUCUGACCUUGACGCAAAUGAUGUCAAAUACAGUGAAGAGGCUGCUACUUUUUGUUGUUUAUGACACAUUUAAAUUGAUAUUUAAAACCUCAACAUGGCGUCUGUUACUUUCUAUAGUUUUGGUGUUUCAGGGUUAAACUAAACACUUUUCUAGGACUCUUUAAGUCCAUAUUGUGCCUUUUCUUAUUGACGUACUGUGUGUGUGUGUGUGUGUGUGUGUGUUUUUAUUUCAUUAAAAUGACCAAUACGAGUGUGAACAGGACAAAAACAGGAAUUAAAUGUAACUGGAUGAUAGAAUAAUUAUUAACAUUUCCGUAAAUUAUGUCAUUAAUUUCUUCUUUUUUUAAGAGUUAGCUGACAAGACAAUUUUGACACUGUGCACUUUAACCAGGCGUCACCGUUUAAUGUAUUUUAUGUCCCUUCUGAAAGAUUGUGUACUGUUUCAGUCCGUCUGUAUUUAUCACCGGUGUCUGUCUCGUAUUUUAAACGUUUACUUUAUGUAUUUUUGUAUUGGUAAAUAUUUUCUAUGGUGCUGGUUUCUUACUGAACAAAUAAAUUAUUAGAGUGAUGCUGUUUAAUUUAGAA